CACCCAUCUAGUCGCAGAGUCGUGAGAGGGAGCUUCAAAUCAAGAGUCUCAUCAUCAGAGGUGCAAGCAAGCAGCGACAAGGAUGACUGGAGUGGGAGUUGCGCCGUCCAAGAGCAGGAGCACAUGCUUGUCGAGUCGAACUACUCUUUGAGCUUGUGGAUACAUAUAUAAUCUAUCAAACAUGCCACUGUCCCUCUCUGUUCUUCUACAGCCUCCCUGGCUUGCCCCCGCCACCCCUGCCUUUCUCGCCUCAUUCACCAUUCGCACUCCCUCUUGCUGCUUUCCGCCGUCUACAGCCUCUUCAACUCUUUCACUCAUCCCGACGACCCCCAUCCCGACGACUCCCCAUCCUACUUUCUCUUCUUUCCUCUCAUCGCUCCUUCGCGUCUUCCCACCUCGCCAAAAACAACAAGAUUGCACGAUUUGAGCCUCCCCUUUUCUCUGCCUGCCGAAACCACCCGUGCGGCAUUAACAGCAAGAUGAACCGAUCACUUCGUCUGGCAGAUCUAGGCAAACUAUCCGUGACGCCCGUCGCGAGUCGAGGCGGCAAGCUUGUACAAUCCCGCAGUCCCGCCAGCAGUCCAUCUCGGCCUUCCUCGCGACCAAUCCAUUGCAUUUGGGCGCGUUUCCUGCUCUCUCUCGCCCUGCUAGCAGUGUACAUUGGCUCAUGCAUCGCUCAACCUAUUCAAGAGAUGUCUUCGUCCAGCUCCGAUGCUACGACGAUGCAGCAAGUGGAAGCGGUCCAGCUUGGCGACCUGCUGCGCACGUUCAAGCUUCAAUUGGCAGACGUGAAAGCUUCCAACCCCGACUGGGCGUCCGAUGUCCGUGUGAAUGCCAAGCUCAAAGAGCAAAGCGUUCCUACGUCAUCGGCCUUGGGAAAGACUGCCAGGAGCACUGGCACAAUUGUCCAAACCAGAAUUUCGAACAACAAGACCAGUGGGAAAUCGGCGGAAUGCCAGGACAUCACCGCUUUGGCACCGUACGACAAGAAUGGAAGGGGUUGUUGUCCUCCAGUCACGCACGACUCUGAUUGCUGCUGGAACGCAAAGGGAUCUGGAACGUUUUGCGGGUCCAUCACUCGGAGAGGAGAACGUUUACGUCGGGAGUUUACACCUGAUGAGGCAUAAAUUGUGUGCUGGAUGAAUGUCCAAGUGUCCAUCCUCCUCCAACGAGGUGCACUCUGCGAUGUGUUCCACUAAAACGUCUUUCAACAUGCGGGCUACCUUGCUCUCCACGUGCGUUCGAACAGUACUAUGCUACAUCGCGCUUCAUCCCACAGCACCUCCUCCUACCCUUUGCCACUUGGACAUCCACCUUCAACACUCGUAGUAUCUCAUAGUGCUGCGAUCCGGAAUCUUGAGAUCGAACCGACACGGAGCCCACUUUGGGAACGGCGUCGUCAAUGCUCGCCUUUCUUGCUCCCGAAAUCUCGAGAGAUCACUCAUGAAUGCACACUUGACAUUCAUCUGG